CAUUUGUAAAUUUUUAGACUUUCAGAAGGAUACUGUAAUAGUAAUAUUACCAGCCUUCCAAAUUUUUACUCUUCUACAUAUUGAAGCAAUGGCUUUAUUAAAGUGGACCACUUUAACCUUUAUAGUGUUCCUGUUUUUUAAGAAGAACUUCAUAGAAGGGAAAAACAUCAGUCCAUCGAUCCUCCAUAAAGGCAGGGCAUUGACUAUUUCGGAGUAUUUCGACCAGAAUGCCACGCAUUCCGAGGUGGUUGGCGACAAAUCUUGGCCGAUGAAUGACGUUGCAGUCGAGUGCCUGGUCGGAUGCCUCAAAAUACCCGCCAUUCUGUGCAUGGCGAUCGCUGGGAUGAUGCACCCCUUGUGGAUGCGACGGUGCAGGCAACACUUCUGCACGCACACAGCACUCGAACCAAAUGGGCAAAAUAAUGAGCAUUCAAUUGAAAGCCAGGACCCACUCGCACAAAAGAGCUCGCUCGGCCAGGUAAAGCUGUGCGAUAUGGGAUUAUAAAAUCUGAUUCGAUGGGGCGUUUCACUGAGGAAGAAGGAGGAGGGGGCCUCGUUACUCAACACAUUCAAUAAAUUAGAGAAAGAAUGGGUUUGGGGAACUCGACUCAAAACAAAGGAAGUGCAGACGCAGAACUUCCGUUGCAGCCGACCGGCCCAGCCCAUUGAUUUGCAUUUCGAAUUGAAAAUCUUGUUUACACAUGCCGGCCGAAAAUUGGUUGCUACAUCUUGGCCCCAUGGCCACUGGACACUGUGGGCAUUAAUUCGUGGCCAACGAGCCGUGGCCAAAUAAGAGUAUUUCUUUGAUGUGGCCACGCAGCGCAUAAGUCUGACGAAGCGGCGUGAAAAUGUCUCAAAAGUAUACCUUUUAUCGGCUUAAAUCAAACACAAUGGCCCAACAAGCGUUUAAUGGCCAAGAUUCUUGCCAGUUACAUGAGUUUUAAUUUAUGCACGGCCAGCCCAAAAGACUUCAAAAUAGAAAAAAAGAGAAACAGUAAUUUCAAUGAUAAAAGACGACGAAAACCCUCUCCUGCCCCAAAAAAAUCAAAAUAAAAUCCAGUAUACAGUAGU